AUUCAAACAAUCAUGGCAUCGAAACCUGUUCUCUACGGUUCACUUACCAGUCCCACGGUCAAUGCGGUGGUCAUAGCACUCCGGGCACUCGACGUUGACUAUGAAUUACGCGAUGUGAAACCACUGAAGGGGGAAAAUCUGACUGAGGAAUAUUUAAACAAAAAUCCCACCGGCACCAUACCCGCUUUGGAAACCGAGGACCAUCAGUUUAUAGGUGAUUCUCACGCCAUUAUUUCCUAUGUGGCAGAUCGCUAUGCAAAAGAGGGUGCAGAUGAUUCUUUAUAUCCCCGCGAUUUUUACAAAAGAGCCAAAGUACAUCAACUGCAACAUUUUGCCAACAGCGUUAUGUUUGCCACCUGUGUAAAGCCAGCCUUUCGUCCUUUAUUUUCACGCUUGACCAACAAAGUGCCCGAGGAGACUGUGAAGGCAAUCAAUGAAGCCUUCGACAUGAUGCAGAGAUUUUUGAAUCAAAAUAAAUGGGCUGCCGCAGAUCAUGUGACAAUUGCCGAUUUCAGUUGCAUUACCUGUAUCUUUGCGUUGUAUUACCUAAAACCGUUUACAGCUGAAUCGCAUCCCCGCCUUAUGGAUUGGUAUCAACGAAUGAUGGAUAUACCCUAUGUCAAUGAGACUCUAUACAGUGAUACUAUGAAGGGUACUUUACAGUUUUUGGAUAAAUAUGUUAUUAAGGCUUAG